GUUCUAUCAUCAGAUGCCGACAUUCAAUAUUAAGCGCCCACGUAGGCGGGAACCUAAUGUUUACCAACGAUGGUGACCCCCAACACGGUAGCUUAUUGGUUGCUAUUAGUCACUGGCUUUACCCUAGCUCUGGCUGCAUGGUAUUCCAAUCGACGGUCUAAACUUCCUUUGCCGCCUGGUCCCCCUCGUUAUUGGCUAUUUGGCACUGAAAUUCCAACUGGAUCUCCAUGGCUUCGUUACGAAGAAAUGACGCAAAAAUACGGUCCUGUAUUCUCGUUGAGGCGGGGAUUGACCGACAUUAUCAUCAUUGGGCGAUAUGAGCCGGCGUUAGAGAUAAUGGAGAAGGAAAAUGCCAUCCUACAGGAUCGUCCAAGGUCUAUCGCAGUGCAGGAAACGAUGUGUAAAAAUAUGCGCCUACUCAUGAUGGGGGCAGGUGAACGCUUUAAGAAGUUCCGCAGAGUUAUUCAAUCCCAGCUUAGUACCAGGGUAAUUCAAACGUACCAGCCAUUGCAAAUGAAAAACGCAGUCAAUCUUGUCAGGGAUCUCUUGGAAGAUUCUUCGCAACAUAUCGAACACGCAAAGCGUUACGCGGCAUCGGUAGUUAUCACACUCACUUACGGAAAGCCGUCGACGACAUCAUAUUCUGAUCCUUUAGUUCAAAAGAUCUUGCUGUUUGCGCAUAGAUUCGGUACUGUCAUUAGGACUGGUGCUUACUGGGUUGACUCAAUGCCGAUCCUUCAAUACGUGCCUGGAUAUCUUUCGCGGUUGCGCCGCUGGCACAAAGAAGAGCUUGCCUUCUCUCGAUCAUCGGUGGACACAGUAAAAGAACAAAUUAACCGAGGCGAGCACAUUAUCAAACCGAACUUCGUCCAAAAUCUAUUGGAGAAGAAAUUGAAAAAUGACAUGUCAGAAGACGAAAUUGCUUUCCUGUCUGGAGGAUUAUUCCUUGCUGGAGCCGAUACUACUGCCUCCGCUAUUAGUAUCAUGAUGAUGGCAGCGGCAUGCUUUCCUGACACCCAAAGUAAAGUUCAAGGCCAACUAGACGCAGUCGUGGGCCGGGGCCGCGCUCCUACAUUCGCGGAUGAAGCGUCUCUUCCAUUCAUCGUCGCAUUCAUUCUGGAAUGCUACCGGUGGCGACCCGUAAGCGCUACAGGCUUUCCUCAUAGAGCCAUGAAGGAUAUUAUAUGGCGUGGUUACCGUAUCCCUGCCGGUGCAACCGUUAUCGGCAGUCAUUGGUCGAUUGCUCGUUCUCAGAACGUUUUUCCUGAACCAGAGAAAUUCUGCCUAGAAAGAUGGUUAGACUCGUCGGGUAAUAUCCGAGACGACAUCAAGUCAAUGAACUUCGGCUUUGGCAGACGAGUCUGUCCCGGACAGCAACUAGCCAAUAGAUCACUGUUCAUAACAACCGCUUUCGUGUUAUGGGCUUUUCGCUUGAAGGAAGUGGAUGGUUCUCCGAUCGAUACUCAGGCGUUUACGCAAACGGCUAAUCUACAUCCCCUGCCUUUCGCCCUCGAUUUCGAGACACGGAUUCCAAAAGAAGAGCUUAAACGAAUUCUGAAUGACUACGAAGCGCUUGUAUGAGCGAUGCGGAGCUCGGCCGCAUAAGGAUCGUAAUGGCAGUGCCGACUCCGAAAGUCCAAGUAUUUCCUUCCAUAAAUAUAUAUAUACAAGCCGAGUGACCUCUGAUUCAUCACCUGAGUGGGGCAGCUCUCGAAUCUGAGUCGACCCCCUUGUCAUCGACAGUGCUUUCGCCGUCUUGAGGCUUCGUUGGACUGGUUUCGACGUCCCAUCGAGAGCGUAGCGAGAACCGCAACUCAGUCAUAGCUUUGGUCUCAUCCUGAUAAGUUCUGCUAUGUACUCGGAUAAUGA